GGGGCAGCGGGCAGGCACCGGGUGGGGCUCGGCCCGGCGCAGCGGCCAUGGGCUCGCGGCUGAGCCGGCAGAGCAGCCUGGAGGAUGAGGGCGCCGAGGAGCCCCGCGACUGCCCACUCGGGUCGCUGCUGCGGCCGCAGGGGUUUCCCGGGGCGCUGCGCAAAGCCUCGCCCGCGCCCUACGUGCGGCGGGUGGGCUGGCUGCGGGAGAUCCAGGCCACGCUGCGCGACCGGCAGCGCGACCGCGCCGUCAGCAUCCUCCGCCUGCUGCGCAAGGACCUUGGACUGGAAGGAACAUUCCUCAAUGAAGUGCUCUACAAAAAUGCGACGUUCCUCAACUUGGUGGAUCCCAUCUCCCAUGACUUGCUGAUGAGCCUCGCUAGAGAUCUGCAGUGUCCCAAAAAGGAAUAUGAUCCCUGGAAAUCCUCAGACAGGAUCUGCAGGCAGCUGAUUUACCACUUGACCCCUCACUCGAAAUGGCACCGGCACGGCAUGCCCCGGAGGAAGUCCCAAGCGUGCUUGAAGGCCAGCCUGCAGAAGAAGGUGAGCCAGGACUCCAUGGAUUUGUCAGGGAUCCCCCUGACCAUGCGGGAUGUCCACCGCAUGGCCUACUACCUGCAGAACAAUGGGGACCACCUUACCUCUGUGGACCUGAGCUUCACCGAGCUGAAUGAUGACAUGGUGCGCCUGCUGCUGCCCUUCCUCUGGGCACUGCCCAAGCUCACUCACCUUUCCCUCAAUGGUAACCGACUGACGCGGGCGACCAUGAAGGAGCUGACUGACGCCAUGAAGGACAUGAACAAGUUCCCUUGCCUGGCCUGGGUUGAUCUUGGCAACAAUGUAGAUGUCUCCUCCAUGCCACAGCCGUUGCUCGUAGGCCUGCGCAAACGCCUCAGCCAGCAGACCACACUGCCUACCAUCUAUGAGGCGCUCGACUGCGACUCGGAGAUCUCCAGCGGGCACGAGGGCAGCCAGCCAGAGGAUGAAGCAGCAGCAAGCACCCCGCCACGUGCUGUUUCUCAGCAGGGCUGCGAGAGGUGACUGGACAACAGGCCGGCGCUGGCACACUGAAAUCACCCCAAGGAGAAGUCUUGAGUACAAACAUCAAGCAAAGGGCCAGCUUUACCGGCUUCCCUUGGCUCUUUUCUCUCGCCUUCCCUGACAUCUCCCCCCACCUUGCUGUGAGACAAACACCUGCUGUCCCCCCACAACGUGCUCCGCUCCCUCCCCUCACUGCCAAACCCAUCGCCCAUGUUCCAGAGAGGAACCAGUGACUUACAGUGAACCUGGUCCCCAGGCAGGGUCUCACUGGAAGACGGGAAAAGACCUGUCGGAGUCAAGAAUAUCCUCCAGCAGCCAAUGGGUUGAGGGAAAGGGAUGGGGGGGAACCUAAAACAGAAACAGGCUUGUAGUUUACUUCCUUUCUUCCUUUUCCUAUGUACCUUGGAAACCUUGGGACCUGCAGCCUUGAGUGUGAAAAGAGGUAGCCCAAGAGCCUAGCUGCUGUGGAGCUUAGCUGAAGGGCUCGGAGGCCAGAGCUGGAGCCCAGCAGUGUGUCUCCCUCUUGUGUCUGGCUCCUUUUGUUUUGUUUUUUUUCCUAUUGUGUGUUUUGUAUUAAUGUCUGAACAAAGGGACUUGGUCAGAGACCAUUGGAUCGCGUAGGCUGGGGCGGACACAUGGCUUGGAACUGCAGCAUCAGGAUAUUUGCUGUGUGACCGGGGUGAGAGGGAGGGGAAGGAGGUAUGUGUUGGUGGGAGCAUGGGGGAUGGGAUGAGUUGGGGGUGGGAUGGGAGAAGAGGGGAGCAGAGGGAGGGGGAGCGGUCUUGUGGAUUAGCAGGACUGUUUUCGAAAACUGUGCUUUUGUACUAAAAUGACAAGUUCCAAGUGAAAUGGAGGAAGAACAGACAGCUCGACGCGUAACUGGGACCCUAGAGGAGCAAGCAAUCAACGUGCCAGAGGUGGGCACUUCCCAAGCUCAAGUGCAAAGCUUUGGCUCCUCUGGCAUAUUGCAUACCUCGUAAUAUCGCCAGGACACGAGCAGCUGCAUCGCCAUUUCCAAUGUCCAAAAACCAAACCACCGAUGCAAUAUUUCUGGUGUUUUCCACAUUGCUCAUGCUCUAUGUAAAUGUAAUAAACAGUUCUCUUGGA